AUGCUGUUACAGUUUGACGGCCUAAAAUAUGCAGUAUUGGCGUGUGGGGCGUCGCAUACGCAUCUUGUCACAGGGAGUUCGCAGAUGAACGCGGCUGGCAUCAUGUAUUAUUCUCGUGCUGUGUCCAAAGUCAAUCAGGCACUGACGAACAUCGACUGGAGUCGGGACGACUAUAAUGUCGCAGUCUUGCUGGCCAUCACUUUCUUGUAUAUUCACGGAAUAUUUGCAGUCGACACCAACCGCGAUAUUCCCAAGCAUGUGACGGGAGCUGUUCGGCUCAUCAAUCUUCGCUACGCCCAGUCACGGAAGCCGCCCAUGGCCCGCCCGAUACACAGGAUCAUCUGGGAGAGCAUCCUCUACCAGAUGUUUCGUCAGACUGUCCGACACCCGUUCUCAGUAGAUUUCCAGCCUGAUUUCGUCUUUUGGGACAGAGCAGAAAGUGUUUUACAAUCACUCACAUUUCCGGAUGCUUCCCCGGCCGCAAACAGUCCUGUCAUCGGGUUCCCGCUGAGUCUGCAGAAACUCAUCAUCGAGAUAGUGCCACUCUGCAAAAGUCCACACCAGCCCAAACCCGAGGUUUUGCGAAGCCUGCAACAUCGAAUGGAAUAUUGGGAGAGUACCGUUGUUGAAGAUGGACAGUGCGACAAGGAGGAGAGCCCCAGCCACGUCUGCACCACGCCGGCAGACAGAGCGCAUUUAUUCCACCAGCACUCAACGAGCCUUUAUAUUCUUGCGGCCUCCUUGCUUUUGGACUGGGUCUCAAGAUCUCAAGAGGUCUCGUAUGAAGCCGAACCACACCUUCCACCCCCGUGUAACUCGUGGCAGAUUCGGAGGGCAUUGCAAAUCAUGCGCUGUUCACAGGCACAUGAAGAGUUAUCACGAUGCUAUCUUGGCUCAUGGCCAUCGUUGAUCUUUGGGUAUGCGGUCGACAGGCCCGAGCAUGUCGCCGUGGUUAGGACGGACCUGGACCAGCGGUUCCAUAAGAUGUACUCUUCGGAAGAACUCCUUUUUCUUCGCGAGUUGGAAUCAGUUUGGCGGACGAGAGGAAUCAGCUCCUGA